GCUUGCUCUCAGCUCCAUACUCUCUGACCGUAUUCACACUACCUUCCUUCCUUCCUUCCUCACUCUGAUCUGCUGGUGUGUGUGUGUGUGUGUGUGUGAUGGGUGAAUUGGCUCCGGACCUGCAACAAUGCAUGAGAUUUAGUCCCUCGAACAAGAUGGCCAUCGACAUCUUGAUUUCAAAGAUCACUGGGAAUUGUAAAGGAAUUGACUUCAUUUUCGAAGCCGGGAAAUGCAACUUGGAGCCCUGGGAUCUGAAAAAUUUGUGCUUAGCCUGGUUACAUUUAUGUGGCAUAACGAUGUAUCCAGAGUGGUGGUUCUUCUUGCCGCUGGAUCGGAAUGGGAAGGGAAUGAAAAGGGCAACCAAAUCUGGGUUUUGGAAAGUGACAGGUCAGCCGAUGAAAUUCAUGUCGGACUUAGUAUUAAUUGGCAAAAAAGACAUUUUGGUAUUCCAUAUAGGGCAUGGUAAAGAAGGCAAGAAAACAAAUUGGGUUAUGCAUCAAUACCUCGUAACCCUGAAGGAAUUUGAUGGCACGCAUCCCGGUCAGAGCCCUUUUGCACUCUGUCGUUUAUCUUAUAAAGAUGAAGAAAGUGUCGGCUUGAACUUCAAUAUUGCUGGACUUGCUGUUCCAUAUGAACUUCCGGCAUUAGAAGUGCAAGCUACAAAAACGCCAGAGAAUUUUGGCAAAACAAUAUCUACCACUAUAACACCUGUAGAUUGUGAUGGCAAAAGUUUUAGCGCUCAUACUGCAGAGAAUCAAGUCGGAGAACUUAUAGCUAUUGAGGAUGAUAUUCAGCAAGACAAAACAUCAGGAAUGAUCUAUGAGCUGCAGCAAAAACCAGUUGAUUGUGAGAUUUUGGCCCGGUCACAUUUACUACAUAAUAACUCUGCAGUUUCAUCUACAGAUAAAUCUUCUCUUGAAGAAUUAGAGUCUAGACAAGCUCUGGCUUUGGUAUCUCCCUCAUCAGAAGAACAGUCUGACAAUUACCUAGGAAAAUGUCAUCCUGAAGAAACUUUUGAUGGAACAAAUUUUAACACUACAACACUUAGUAAUUGUAACCAAAAUGGUUAUAAUGCUUCAGCUAGUGAGUUUCAGGAGGGCUUUGGUUUUUCUGAUCUACUAAAGCCACUAGAUUGCAACUUGUUCUCGUUACUCACCUCGGAUAUGCAUAUUGGCAUGUCUUACUCUGUCAGCAAUGACUACAAUCAUUGUGGGAUAGAUUCUCUGCAUGGGGUUUUGAUGAAGGAUGAUGGAUCAUUUAGUGGGUCAGAUACAAAAAUGGCCAAUGAACCGGUAAGUGGAGCUCUCAAGUACUUUUGAUUAAGAAAAUAUCAUUUUGAAGAAAUUUUUGAUGGAACAACAUUUAACACUACAACACUUAGUAAUUGUAACCAAAAUGGUUAUAAUGCUACAGCUAGUGAGUUCCAGGAGGGCUUUGGUUUUUCUGAUCUACUAAAACCACUAGAUUGCAACUUGUUCUCGCCACUCACCUCGGAUAUGCAUAUUGGCAUGUCUUACUCCGUCAGCAAUGACUACAAUCAUUGUGGGACGGAUUCUCUGUAUGGGGUCUUGAUGAAGGACAAUGGAUCAUGUAGUGGGUCAGAUGCAAAAAUGGCCAAUGAACC